AUGGGCAUUUGGACUGCAAUUCUUCCCACCAUUCAGUGCGACUCAACGUCCACAACAUCCAAUGUUGCCUCCGCCAUAAAUACAGUUCGCAGUGCUGUCAGCGUCCCGGAACCAGAACUCAAACGAUGGAGACGUAUAUUCGAAGCUAAUGCUAAAGUCGUCGAGGGGGAAAAAUACCUGGACCAAGAGAGCUUCGUCAACGCUAUUGCACCUAGAGGAGACCUUACGAAAAUCGGGCGGGCUCAGUUCAGCAUCCUGUUUCGCGUAGCUGAUACAUCAAAAAGGGGUCUGAUAUCUUGGGAGGACUUUACGGUGUUUGAAACAGUCUUGAAAAGGCCAGAUGCUGACUACUGGAUUGCAUUUCAAUACUUCGAUGUCGACUCCUCCGGCUUCAUAUCAUACGACGAAUUUAAACAUGUCUUCAGCGCGAAUAUUGGACCAGACGCAAUCCCUUUCGACUUUGACUGUGAUUGGGUUAAACUUUACCUUGGGAAAAAGAACGGAACACACGUUCUUGGAUAUAACGAAUUCACACAACUAAUGAAGGGACUACAAGGAGAACGCACUAGACAAGCUUUCAAACACUUAGACGAGGAUCAGGACGGUUUCAUUCGUCCAGAUCAAUUCAAACGAAUUAUUCUAGAAAUUGCAGGUCAUAAAUUAUCUGAUGCAGUAAUAGACCGACUUCCUACUCUUUGCACUCUGACACCCGGUCAACGUAUAUCAUAUUCUGAAGUAAUUGCCUUCCAUAAUGUCGUCCGUGAAAUGGAUAUGGUGGAGAGGAUCAUCCGUGAAGCAACAAACAAAAGCAAGGAUGGUCGUAUCUCUCAGUCGGAUUUUCUCGACUACGCCGCUUCGAGUUCCCGAUAUUCCCUGUUCACUCCCAUGGAAGCCUCCAUCAUUUUCCACUUCGCUGGUCGUGGUAAUGGCUCGCAACGCCUGGCAUUAAUAGAUUUUGCCCAGCUUCUUGACCCACGCUGGAGUGCUCCCUCUGAUGAUGAAGGGUUGGCGGCGCCUCCUAAAACAACGUUCCUUAACUCUUUCUUGAGUUCAGGUUACAGCUUUGUCCAAGGAGGUUUUGCUGGCGCGUUUGGUGCAACGAUCGUGUAUCCUAUCGAUAUGGUCAAGGUAUGA